AUGGCGCCAACUUUUGAAUAUGAUGCUGGAGAGGCGGAGGCUGGUUCUGACGGCGGCGAGCCCGCAACGGUAGCAGCGGAAGGGUUGUCCUUUCGAGAUGGGGCAAGCUCGGAAAAUGCUGGCACCGUUCGCUCGGACCUUUCCGGGACGCUUCAGUCCCCGUCCAGUGUCACCUUGUCUAAAAGACAUGAGGCCGCGAAGCGGGUGCCGUGCAGGGGAGUGAGUUUCUCUAGCAGUCCCAUCGCUUCAAGAACCCGGCGACUUGGGGGUCGCUCGGGCUGGUAUGGAUGCAACUUGACCGGCUCCUACGGGGCGUCGGGUACUCCACCUCUUCGCGCACAGAGAAUCGUUGCAAGGAAGGGAUCAAGCAGCUAUAUGGGUUUUGCCUUGGACCGGCAAGGGACACGAAGGAGCGACGACAUGACAUGUCUCUCUCAGUGUGAACGUGGCACGUGCGGUACAGGCACAACAUCGACUCCUCUCAAUAAUGCUGCUCUGACGACAGGGCUAUUCUCCAUCCCAACAGCAAUAAUGGUCCAGGAUGAUCAGAGAUGGAGCUACGGGUUAACGGGAGAAGAGGGCCGAUGCAGUGAGGCUUCGCACAGCUCGCUAGCAUGUUGGUUUGUCCGGCAGAUGCAGGCAGAGACGGCGUACGGCAUCAACCCUGUAAGGUCCGCAAAAACAGUUCUGUGGUUAUGUGCCGUGAGUGCGUUGUUCUUCAUAUGCAUGGGUGCAUGGCUUUUAGUGGAAGAUACCCAUCAUAUUGAAUGCAAGCUAAACUACGAAUACAAUGAAGAUGGCUCAAGGUAUAUGCUGAAGGGUAUUUCUGGCGCGCACUGUACAAGAGAUGUUGCAGAACUGGAGGGUCCUGUGAUCAACGUCUAUGUUGAGAUGCAGAAUUUCUUUCAAAAUGAUGCCCAAGUUGUUUGGAGCCGCAGUGCACGACAGCUUGCGGGCACCAUUUUCACCCGACCUGAGGACGUCCGCGAGUGUGAGCCUCUCGUCACUGCCAUCGUUGAACAUGUACAGAAGGUGUUACAUCCGUGUGGAGUGCUUGCGUGGAACGUUCUGACGGAUAAGUUUCAGUUCCUGGCAGGAAUGCCUGACGGUGACAAUGACGAAGUACCUAUUGCCUUACUGCCACUCAAUCAAGCACAACAUGUCUUAUUGGAAUCAUGGCCGUGGCAGGAUAUGUACAAGAAUCCAGCCCGCGACGAACGCGCUGCAGUGCUGGACAAAGUAUACUUCUGGAUGAGUGCCGACGACAACGCCGCUGACGAGCGCACACAUAAAAGCCGAGAGGAAGCACGUGCUGAACUCCUGGUGGAUCGGCUCAACUACGAGGAAGCGGGAGAAAUGGUGGAGAACGGCCAUUUCAUCCAGUGGAUGCAGACAGCAGCCCUGGGAACGUUUCGGAAACUGUAUGGCAGGCUGGAAGGCCCGCUCAAGCUUCCUGUAUCUGCGCACAUCACUGUCAUGCUCGACGUGAUGUCAUGGAAUGGAAAGAAGGCAAUUGUUCUGGUUCAGAAUUCUAGAUUCGGGGGUCGUUCGCUAUUCAUUGGUUUAGCGUACAUCACUCUCGGAUGCGUGCUCUCGAUGUUUGUGUUCGUGUUACUCUGGAAAAUGUGGCAGGGCCCGAGAGGGGGUGAAAAAAGUGGCACCACACGAUGGGAGCAGAAAUUCAGCAAAGAGAGCGAGAAGAUGGACUAA